CGAGUCCAUCAGCUAACCAGAUAUUGUAAACCUGAUAUAGUAGACGAUAUUCCCUGGGCCAUUAAGAGAGUAACGAUCAGCUCACACAUCAUGUCCCCUUCUGUGGAUAUUCAAGGAUAGCUUCAAGUUAUCACAAUAAAGAACCAAAGACAUUAAAGGAAUGAUAAUUUAUAAACUAGAGUCAUCAUUUUCACCACCCUAAUGCCUAGAUAGAUUUUCCUCACUGACGACAUCGUUUCUUAGAAUUUAACGGCCCUUGCUCUUCAAAAUGAAGAUCAAUGAAAAAAAUUUGUGUGCAUACAGUAUCUCUCCAUCACAGAUUGAUAAAGAAGGAUAUCUGCAGAAGAAGGGCGAGGUAAAUAAAAGUUUCCAGAGACGAUGGUUUGUUUUGAAGGGAAACUUGCUGUUUUACUUUGAAAAGAAAGGUGACCGAGAACCCAUUGGUGUCAUCAUUCUUGAGGGCUGUACUAUUGAACUGGCAGAAUGUGAGGACCAGUUCACAUUCAAGUUACUCUUUCAUGGUGGGGGAGGGAGAACCUACGUCCUUGCAGCUGACUCUCAAGAAUCUCUGGAAGCAUGGAUGAAGGCACUUGCUCGUGCUUCCUAUGACUACCUCAAGCUAAUGGUGGCUGAGCUGCAGAAACAGUUAGAUGAACUAAAUGAUGCAGAGAAACAAGGGAAGGGAGGUGACGACAAUAACAUGCAUCCUCCCAAGGCCCCUCAACGCCAGCGCCAGAACCCAUUCAACAGAACACAGAGUUCUAAUGAAGUUACCCUAGAUCCUUCCUUGGCAAUGCGCAUGAGAGCAAAUACUGUAUCGGGGGGAGGAGGUCAUUACCUCACUCCCACAACAGUCCCUCAACGCCCUGCACCACCACCUCCGUCUGUGGCCCACAUCACCUUCAACAAGCGGACAUUCGCACAACUGCACUCGGAGUAUGGAGUGGCAAUCCUACGAGACAAAGAACUUGGCAGAACUAAAAGAGGCAAACAUGAUAGUAAAGGGAAAUGGGAAAACUUAGAGAAUGUUAUACCAAGUUGUGAAAAUCAACCAGCUGAUGCAGCAUCCACAGAAAAUGCUGUUGUAAUGGACCUUAUCAGCAUUUAAAAUAUAAUUUGAAUGUUGGAACAACAUUAUUUAUAUAUCUAUUAUUGCUCUUAGAAUAGAUAAUGGAGUUUCCUACGUGAAUAGAAGAAUUGUAAAAUACUUCUUUUUUUCAACUGAUUUUUUACCUGAGCUCAUUGUAACAGUGCAGGGAUAACAUUUUAUACCUUUGUUUCAGAAGGUUAACUUUCACUUAGGGUACAGUACUCUUUUAUCAAGUGGUGUGGUAACCUUCUUGGCCAGAGUUAGUGGUCUGUAUUAGAGUCAUCAGUUAACAGAAGUAGCAACUCUGCUAAUGAUGUUAAUUGUACUGUAAUAUUAGCACUAUGAAACCAAACCUUGUGAUGGAACCUUAGCUGCUCACCCAAAAUAUGUUAUCAGUGUUAAGCUUUCUGUUGUGAAGCAUACGAUACUGUAUAUCAAAUCUGCUUUUAUGAAGGUGGUAAAUGCCAUAAUAAUAUCUAUUGUUAAUGUUUAAAGUACAAUACAGUACAGUAUACUGUAUACAGGACAAUAUUAAAAAAAUGCUUACAGUACUGAGAAAGGUAUUAAACUCCAUAGUAUUACAGUUUAUUAAAUGUGUGAUAUUAAGGGAAAUAGCAUCAUUACAUAUAUCUAUUCAGUUACUAAGGCUUAAGUGAUUGGUCAGGUAAUUUUAAAUUUUCAAGGCUUCCUUUUCGACUCAGUGUAAUGUACUGUAUGUGACCCAUCGGUGAGUGAUUAUGUAUGAUGUUGGAAACAUGUACAGUGCAGUAUACACUUACCUUCACUGAGAGAUGUACUAGGCUUACUGAUUCAUGUUCUCUUCUUCAAUUGUGCUAAUAUUUAUGGAUUACAUGACAUUGCAACAUUUGCUUAGAAUUUAACAAUAUGCAUAAUGCAGAUAGAGAUUUCCCAUCUCUAUUUUAU